UCACCCACACCAGCCACAUCCACUACACGUCCACACGCUACUGCCUAAACCAUACCGAACCCCUCGACUCGCUCUCACAGACCCAUCUUCCCCACCUGCCCCGACCACCUUCGUAUGAUCGUAUCCAUCCCCAUUUCCCACACUAAUGGACGCUUCCACCGCCCGAGCUUUAAUUUCUCCCCCCACGCGCACUAAGUGCGCCGAUUAGCAUGCGUGGGCUUUCCACUCGCUAAUCGCUUGCCUUCCAUCGACCUACCGGUGCGGUGAUACUGCGCGCAGCGCGGCCCAUGUCGUUGCGCCGUCUGUGCUUCGUGCUGCCGAUGGACAUCGACGAUGCUGUCCUGGCAGCGGAGGAGCCGCGCUGCCGGGUGACGGCCCGCAAGACAGUCCGGUCCUACGUCCGCGGCACUGUCGGUCGAGUGCUGUGGUGCCUCCGAUGCCGGUCAUGCAGCGGCGCUGACCGCUGCCACAACUCGUCAGGGAUGGCGUUCGAGGAUAUCGCCGGCGUGGAUGAGAACGGAGGCAGGAAGCUCGCUGGCUCCGAAGGCAGUCCGAGGAUAUUCAGCUACUCCGAGCUGUAUAUUGGGACAAACGGGUUCAGCGACAAGGAGAUCCUUGGGAGCGGAGGGUUCGGUAGGGUGUACCGCGCCGUGCUGCCCAGCGAUGGCACGACGGUAGCCGUCAAGUGCAUCGCCAGCCACGGCGACCGGUUCGAGAAAUCCUUCCUGGCGGAGCUCGCGGCGGUGGCGAGGCUGCGGCACCGCAAUCUCGUACGGCUCCGCGGAUGGUGCGUGCACGGCGGGGAGGAGCUGCUGCUGGUGUACGACUACAUGCCCAACCGCAGCCUGGACCGCCUGAUCUUCGCGCCGGCCUCCGCAAAGGUUCCCGUGCUAAGCUGGGACAGGCGGCGGCGCAUCGUCGCCGGGCUGGCCGCCGCGCUCUUCUACCUGCACGAGCAGCUCGACACGCAGAUCAUCCACCGGGACGUCAAGACCAGCAACGUCAUGCUCGACGCCGAGUACAACGCCCGGCUUGGGGACUUCGGCCUCGCCCGGUGGCUCGAGCACGCGGUGUGCGCCGACGACGCGGCACAGCCACACCUAGAGGUGUCACCGUCACCGCCGUCCCUGGGCUUGUCGUCCUCUGCUUCGGCGAACUUUCAGUUUCGGCUGAUGGACACAAGCCGAAUCGGAGGAACUAUCGGGUACCUGCCGCCGGAGAGCUUCCAGCGCCGGGCCACCAGCACCGCCAAAUCCGACGUCUUCAGCUUUGGAAUUGUGCUCCUGGAGGUUGCAACGGGGCGGCGUGCGGUCGACCUGGCGUACCCCGACGACGAAAUCUUCAUGCUGGACUGGGUGCGUCGGCUGUCCGACGAGGGGAAGCUACUCAACGCUGCAGACGGUAAACUGCCGGAAGGCGCCUACUCUCUGUUCGACAUCAACCGGCUCAUACAUCUCGGCCUCCUCUGCUCGCUACAUGACCCGAGGGCUCGUCCAACCAUGAAGUGGGUCGUCGAGAACCUGUCUGACGGCUGCUCCGGCGACCUCCCGCGACUCCCGUCGUUUGUGGCUCUUCCAAAGUACAUCUCUCUCACUUCAUCCUCUGACUCUGGCACGACAACCAUCACCACGGGUAGCACGGCCACAACUCUAUCCAAGCCCGUCUACGACACCGCUGCUGCGGAUACCAUUUACCACACUGCAGAAGACGGAAGAUGCAGCUCGAGGUCCGCUGACGACUCUGGUGGCAACAGCCGGCGGUCGUCGCGGCCGGUGGCGAUCCCGAACGUGGACAUGCCGCGUGAGAUAUCCUACAAGGAGAUCGUCGCGAUCACAAACGACUUCUCCGAGUCGCAGAUGGUUGCGGAGCUGGACUUCGGUACAGGGUAUGAGGGCUUCUUGGACAGCGGCCACGGCCGCGUCCAUGUGCUCGUUAAGCGCCUCGGCAUGAAGACGUGCCCGGCGCUGCGGGUCCGGUUCACCAGGGAGCUCUGCAACCUAGCAAAGCUCCGGCACAGGAACCUCGUGCAGCUGCGCGGGUGGUGCACGGAUCACGGCGAGAUGCUCGUCGUCUACGACUACUCCCCGGGGAGCCUCCUGAGCCACUAUCUAAUCCGCCGCGACGACGCGGUCCUCCCAUGGCGCCAGCGGUACAACAUCGUCAAGGCCCUCGCGUCGGCCAUCCUUUACCUGCACGAGGAGUGGGACGAACAGGUCAUCCACCGCAACAUCACGUCUUCGGCGGUGUUCUUGGACCCCGACAUGAAUCCGCGUCUCGGGAGCUUCGCGCUCGCUGAGUUCCUCUCAAGGAACGAGCACCACGGCGGGCACCAUGUUGUGGUAUCUACCAGCUCGGCCCGGGGCAUCUUUGGCUACAUGUCGCCGGAGUACAUGGAGACCGGUGAGGCGACCACCAUGGCUGAUGUCUACAGCUUCGGCGUGGUAGUACUGGAGGUGGUGACUGGUACGAUGGCCGUGGACGGAAGGUUGCCAGAAGUUCUUCUUGUCAGGAAAGUUGAGCUCUUUGAACAGCUGAACCGAACGGUGGAGGCCAUGGCGGACAGGCGGCUGGAUGGCAAGUUUGACCGUAAGGAACUCCUGCGGUUGGCUAAGCUUGGCAUCGCGUGCACCCGCUCAGACCCGGCAGCGCGGCCGAGCAUGAGGAAGAUAGUGAGCAUUCUGGACGGCAACGACGAAGUGUUGAACAAGUUUGAGCACAGGAAGGAGAGCACGGAGGACUGGCAGAGGAGGAACGGUGCUAAUCUUGCCUUAGUAAGGAGAUUCCAGGCUCUUGGCAUACACUGAAUGCUUAGAAACAGGGUAGUUACGUUAUUCUGGAGAACUUUUACCUUGCUCUAUGAGUUUUAGGUGGAUACGGGAAAAACAUCUGAUGUAAAUAUUGGUUGUAUUUGGAUUUGAUUCUCUGCAGUUGUAACCAUGUUGUUUUCAGAUCUGCACACGCUUUGUCCAAAUGUAUUAGCAAUUGAGCAUCUCAAAGGUUGGAA